GUUAGACUUCACUAUUUUGCUGGACAUGUUUUACUGUAAAAAAAAAAAGUGUGAAUGGAGAGCUACUUAGCUGAAAAAUAGUAAUUCCGAGCUGUGAAUCCAUCGGGCCACAGCAGUUAACUUGGCCAACUGGUUUCAGGUUUGUUCGAGUUAGUAGGCUACUUUCAAAAGUGGCUCUGACGUAUUGGUGCGACUGAUGGGAACGGAGAUCUACAGGCGUCCUCAAAUCAUUACUCACAAGGCGCAGCCCAGACGGUGCGGAUCACAGGUUGUGAAACUAGGGACUAUGGACUGCGCAAUUUGUUUUUACAUAUUACUCGAAACGGAAUGUGCGUGUGAAUGUAGCAUUUCUGCCUCAUGAGUCAUUCAAUAUAUCAACAGGAUGUGUAUACAUUGUGUUGGGAAAUGAAAAGAAAUCAUGUCCGCCCAAGGACUGCUGAACGUUUUCUCUUGCUCUUCACCAGCAUCCAAAAAUAUUUCUAAAAGGAAAUUACGGCAAACUCGAAGUUUAGAUCCAGCAUUGAUACGAAACUAUGGAGCAGAUUCAAAUGCCUCGUCGGGAUAUCCAAGCGAGUCUAAGUUGCACUGUUUUGCCUCGAAUCAAACAGGUGGUUUACCGUACCUUCAAGCGUCCGCCGAGAACCUCACGGCAGGUCAAGUGGAGGCGCGCGCCAAGACAAAGCGAGUGAAACAGCAUCAUUCAUCUUCAAGCCUGUUCUCAUCCUUAGACACCUCGUUGUUUGCUGACUUUAGCUCUGAUCACGAAGGAAAGAACUUAAAAUGGAGUACUGCAGAUUUGUCGGUUAUUCGGUGCACAACACCAACAACAUCAGGAAGCUCAAGUACCCUUUUCUCACCUCGAAAGUGGCUACAGAAAAAGCUGCAGCAUCAGGAUACUCAGUCGUACACGGUGUACCAGUCUGAGGGAGACUUCACCUGGAGCAGUGCGUCGGGGCGCACCGUGCCUCUGCAGCCCUCUCCCAUCCAGAGCCUGUCGGAUGGGCGUGUCCGUCUGCAGGAGGUAGCCUACAGCCGCCUGCACCAGGACUACGACCUGACCUGUCAGGUCACCAUCCCCAAAGAUUGUCAGAAGCGCAAGAAGUCCCUGAGGAGGAAACUUGAUUCAUUAUCCAAAGAGAAGAGUAAAGACAAAGAGUUUGUGCCCCAGGCGUUCGGAAUGCCGCUGUCGCAGGUGAUCGCUAACGAUCGUGCGCAUAAGCAGCGGCACGAUGGCCACCGCGGAGCCGAAGAGCAUCGGGGAGACGCCACCUCUGACCUGGUUUCCUCCAUCCUGCACUUCACCACCAAGCGGCCAAAGGAGCUCUCCAGCAGCAACUCCUCGCUCAGCUCCACCUCAGAGACGCCCAGCGAGAGCGCCACCCCCGGCACACCCGAUUCUGCACCGCGCGCUCGCAGACGGGGUGGGAUGUCUGUGGACUCCAUCACAGACCUGGACGACAGUGAGUCUCGUCUGCUGGAGGCCCUGCAGCUCUCGCUGCCCACAGAGGCGGCCAGUAAGAAGGAGAAGCACCAGGACAAGAAGCUCAGCCUCAACCCCAUCUACAGACAGGUGCCCAGGGUAGUGGACUGCUGCUGCCAGCACCUGGAGCGAUAUGGUUUGCAGACUGUUGGUAUUUUCCGUGUAGGAAGUUCAAAGAAAAGAGUACGACAGCUGCGAGAUGAAUUUGACCAGGGCUCGGAGAUCCAACUGGAUGAAGAACACAGUGUCCAUGAUGUGGCAGCGCUUCUGAAAGAGUUUCUGCGGGACAUGCCUGACCCCCUGCUCACUAAAGAGCUCUAUACCGCAUUCAUCAACUGCAUGUCACUAGACCCUGUGGAGCAGUUCAGCGCCAUGCAGCUGCUGGUCUACCUGCUGCCUCCCUGCAACAGUGACACCCUGCACAGGCUCCUGGAGUUCCUGUCCACGGUAGCCGCCCACGCCGAAGACACCCACAACGGAGAAGGCCAAGAGAUUACAGGGAACAAGAUGACCUCUCUGAACCUGGCCACCAUCUUUGGGCCCAACCUCCUCCAUAAACAGAAAAGCUCAGAUAAAGAGUUCAUGGUCCAGAGCUCUGCUCGGGCAGAAGAGAGCACCACCAUCAUCGGGAUCGUCCAGAGGAUGAUCGACACGUAUGAGUCACUCUUCAUGGUGUCCCCUGACCUGCAACACGAGGUGCUGAUGAGUCUGCUGGAGACGGACCAUGACGUCGUGGACUACCUGCUGAGGAGGAAGGCGUCUCAGUGGGAGAACCCAGGCCUGCUGCGCUCCAACGACUCGUUCUCCCUGAGUGAGCGGCACUCCUGCAGCGACUCCAACAAUGUGUCCAGUGGGGAGGUCUCCCCCUACGAUAACAACUCCCCCGUGCUCACUGACCGACUGCUGUCCCCAGAGCCGUGUGAAGAAGACAGCCGGCCCCGCCGGCCAGACAAGCUGUCUCAGGAGGGCCCCGUCAGCGGGAGGCCGGGCCACAUCAGCCUCUCCUCAGCCUGCAGCACAGCUGAACACAAAGAUGACCGUUUGUGGAGAGCUUGGCAUGCAACACUGAAGUCAGAAUUACAAGACCAGAACUCAGGCUCCCACAGAAGCAUAUCCCAGAGCUUAGCAGAGGGCCUGGACAACCAGCGCGGCCUGCAGAAGCGGCGCGCACACACCUCCUCAGCAGUGCUGGACUGCCAGAGUCACACGCCGGUCACACGGGUCAGCAGCAGCCCACAGACAGGCAGUUGCUUCAGCCAACCGCAACGCAGCACGGAGCCCCGCAGCCAACCAGGAUCAAGCAGCUUAGAUGACAUCACGCUCAGUAGAGCCUCCCCUACCAGAGCUUUUCACUCGGCCAAGAGUUGGGGCAGGCUGGACAGCACGUUGCCCCCUCCGUACCCAGGGUUCAACAGAAGGGCCAGUACCCCUUCACCAGCGGCACCCACACCACCCCAGGUGCCUCCGUCCAUACAGGUACCACGGCAACCCCCACAGAUCCGCAUCCCCGGCCCCCAGAUGGAGGCCUCUGACGAGCCGUCCACCCCAAAGGCCCUCAGGCCACCCAACAGCCCAGGCUGGCCGGUCUGGCAGCGGGACAAGUGGCAGAUAUGGCAGCUGCUCUCCUCAGACAGCGCUGACACACUGCCAGAGACACUGGUGUGAUGCUGUGCCCAGUACAGCGCUCCAGUUGACCGUGUCUCUCUGGGCUGGACAUAAAGGAUGUGGAUAGUUCUUCUGAGAAUGUUGGGGCUUUGUUGUUGUUUUUUUUUUUUACUUUACAUUUCCUGCCAAGUAAUCUUUAUUUUUUACUCAGCUCCAACAGUAGUUUGUUCAUUACAUGUUUAAACAUACCUCUAAAUGGAAAAGAUCACAUUUCUCACUGUUAGUAAAGAAUGGUUCUUUACAGUAAGAUGACUCCUCUAUCUGAUGCUCCGAUCAAACAAAAAAGAGUCAUUGAUAUGUCAAAAAACAUGACCCAUUUGAAUGUAGACUAUUAUGCAGUGCCUUUGGUACUAUUUUUCUACCCUAAGUUCACUGUUUGUGGAUGCUGGUUUGUUGUUUGUGUGUGUGUGUGUGUGUGUGUGUGUGUGUGUGUGUGUGUGUGUGUGUGUGUGUGUGUGUGUGUGUGUGUGUGUGUGUGUGUGUGUGUGUGUGUGUAUGUGUCACAGUGUUUCCAUUUUUUGUGGAGCAACAGAGCAAUCCUAUACUGUAUGUCCUUUUCAGUCAGUAAGAUAGCGCAGCGCACUUCACCUUAAGUGUGCUUGGCAAUUUGAAUCCCAAUGUAGUAAGUCCCUUUUGUGAAAUGCUGCACAGCACUCAGUAUGCCUGUUUGGCUUGCUGUUGGAGUAAGCUCAUCUGGAGGCAAUGUAAAUGGAUGACUGCAUUAUUGCACUUAAUUUUCUGAUAGAGCUUUUCGUAUAUUUUCUACAGCUAUAAAUGCUUUUAUUUUUGUCUUUAUUGUCACAUACGUUUUAUAGAAAUUGACAGAGUCAAAGUAUAUUUUAUUAGGUAUAGAUAUAAGUUAAACUAGGUGCUAUCCUUGUGCAUGAUAUAACAGUUCUUACAUGUAUUGACCACGUUCCCUCCCAAGUUUCUUUGUCCACUGUUUUAAAGAACAUUCUAUGAUCUAGAUGCUCUACACUAUUGGUUCAGUGAUAGUUUUCCUUUAGUUAUUGUGCACUUUGACUUCAGUUUACAGUUUUCUUCUUUACCCAGAAUGCAUUUUAUCCAUGCUUCGUAUGUGUGCCUUGAAAUUCAUUGCAUGCUAGAAUAUUGAGCUAGUCUGCAAUGCUACUGGAACAUUCUCAGCUACAGUAAAUGGCAGUAAAACAUCCCCAGAAGCUUAGUGUACAAGAAAUGUGUGUUUUACCAAAACGAUUAAACAGUGUUCUCUUAAAGGAGCUCAGAGAGGAGAUGGCUGACACAAGGUAACACAUCAUAAAAAUAAGCAACUGUACAAACAGUGCAGUACUGCUGAGUUCUUCUGUGUCUGCUAGGCUGUCUAGCAAAAUGAUGUUCUAUUGUUGUCAAUCCAAUCACAAUCUGUUUCUUUUGCUAUUUCCUCACAGACAAUCUUAGUGUCUAAUUAUGCUUUAUGCUUUAUUCAAACUGUCAAAGACACUGCAAUUCAGUUGUGAUUUAUCAUCAGUAUGUCAUCACACAAUAAAGCUUUCAGCUCCCUAGUCAUCACAGAAAGUUCAGUAGGUGCCUGUAUUUAUCUUUUAACAAAAUGGAAAUGGUCAAUUAUCGCAGCCAUAUGUCUAAAGGAACUCUAUGGUUGUGACUCAGAGAUGUAUUGUUCAUUAUGCUUUGGUUAAGUUCUUUAAUCUGUCACACUGACAGUAACACUCUGUGACACUGAUCCUUUCAUUUGUGUAUGGGGAGGGAACAGAGGAAAAAGUGAAUCUGCAUUGUAGACUCAAUUGAAAUCAUGUGUUGCUUAAAGCGAAGCAGUCAUAAAAAUGUGGUUGGCAAAAAAAGAUGUGCCUGUAUUCUGGUCACAAUAAUUUGUUAAAAAUAAAGUGUUUCUUUCUUCUUUCUGUUGUUUACUUAUCCAUGUUUUUAUUGUCCUGUACUGGUCGAGUCAUCUUUUCAUUUGUAAUAUGCAUUGUCCUAAAGGCUUUCUUGAUGUAAUAAAGCUGCUUAGCUGCUUUCUAUUUA